AGAGAGAGAGAGAGAGAGAUUUGUUUUGAGCGACUGAGCAAUGCAAGAAACAAGUGGGUUGGGUAUCUUGGUGGGUAGCGGUGGUUCAGGUACGGCCGGAUUAAUAAACGAUGAUGUGCCCAUGUCGGUGUCGCUAGCGAUUUCAGCCGAGCAACAACGGCAGCUCAAGGCGACGAUUGCUACCCAUCCGCUCUAUGAACAGCUUCUAGCUGCCCAUGUUGGGUGUCUUCGUGUAGCUACUCCAAGUGACCAUUUACCUUUCAUCGAUAUGCAGAUUGGUCAGGCUCACAAUCUCCUUCGUUCUUACUCUUCCUUCCAUCAUCAUCACCGAUCACAUGCCUUCUCUCCCUAUGAGAGACGGGACCUCGACAACUUCUUAGAACAAUAUCUGUUGGUGUUGUACUCAUUCAAAGAACAACUUCAACAACAUGUUCGAGUCCAUGCUAUGGAGGCUGUUAUAGCUUGCCGUGAAAUCGAACAAUCCUUCCAAGCUCUUACAGGAGCAACUCUUGGUGAAGGAACAGGAGCAACAAUGUCAGAUGAUGAAGAUGAAAUCCAUUUGAAUGGUGGUGGUUUAGAUCAAACAGGUCCUGAUGCGUUUGACAUGACAGGAUUUGGUCCAUUGCUUCCAACAGAAUCUGAAAGAUCUCUUAUGGAGAGAGUUAGGCAGGAAUUAAAGAUUGAACUGAAACAGGGAUUUAGGUCAAGAAUUGAAGAUGUAAGAGAAGAGAUACUAAGAAAAAGAAGAGCAGGAAAAUUGCCUGGUGAUACAACUUCGGUGUUGAAAAAUUGGUGGCAACAACACUCAAAGUGGCCUUAUCCUACGGAGGAUGACAAGGCAAAACUUGUGGAGGAGACGGGCUUGCAACUUAAACAAAUUAACAACUGGUUCAUCAACCAAAGAAAGCGCAACUGGCACACUAACUCUCAAUCAAUGACCUCUUUAAAGUCCAAACGCAAAAGGUAGACCGAUGAAUUGUACCUGCUCUGGCUUAUGGAGGAACCGGAAACAUAUUUUACAAGAAAAUAGAUGUUAUGUAAAUUCAUUGGUAGCUGAUUCUAUCCAAAAAACUCCAUCAGCUGGGGGAAGAAGGGUGGCAGUUAGAGAAGUUUUAAAAUUAGGAAUGCAUUAUAAGCAUUUAAUGUAUGUGUUAUAUGUAUGUAACAGCUGUUGUUUGUUUUCCAUCACAUUGUUUGACAACGAGUCCAAUCAUUGCCUCAGAUACUUCCAACCAUCGGAUGGUCUCUGUUUCCCUGAACACUACAGAAGGGAACCAUAAGUAAUACCUGAAGCAGCAGUCCACUUUCUGAAGGGUAUAUCAAAUAUGUGAAACAGGGCCAAUUCACAGUUGAAAUUUGAGAUUGCAUGAUAUUUUUCUUGGAGUAUGAGAAAGUUUGGGGGGUUGGGGACUGAGAAUGGAAAUCAUAAUAUGAUGGUUCUGGUUGAUGGAGAUUAAGUUUGAUGACCAAAUGUAUUGCCUUGCAAGGUUCUUUUUGUGUGUGUGUGAAUUAAGUCGACUUUCAUGCUAGUAUCAAGACUCUGGAAUUUGCUUAUCUGGUAUUUCAGAAAGCUAAUUUUAUCAUAAAUUGCAGACUUCCCUUAUGAUUUAAGUUCAUUCAUCUGUAAUGUUUAGAAGUUUCAAAAAUUCUUGUACGAG